AGGCGGCCGCUAACUACCGCCGUUACCCCCCCACCCCACCCCUUCUUCCACCGAGCUACUAUCCCGAGCGACGGACGAGAAACAACAUGGAUGUAAGGACGCGCCGCGGCUCACGUUUAGAGCCGAGACGCCGGAGCACAAAGCGGAUGGGAGAGAAAGCCUAGCUUGAAACACGCCUCGUCAUCUUCCUACAUCCUCCAAAAAUACGUGCUUUAGUUUGUUUUUUUUACCUCCACAUCCAGCUGGCUCCUUCCAUUUUUUAAUUUUAUAUCUAGUUUAGUUCAAUCACGACGUUUAGCCUCCCAAGCAGUGUCGUCGUGUGAAGAAAAAGACGGCAACAUGAGCGAGCAGAGCAUCUGCCAGGCUCGGGCCUCUGUGAUGGUCUACGAUGACGCCAGUAAGAAGUGGGUGCCCAUCAAGCCGGGCCAGCAGGGUUUCAGCCGCAUCAACAUCUACCACAACACCGCCAACAACACCUUCAGGGUGGUGGGUGUCAAGCUGCAGGACCAGCAGGUGGUGAUCAACUACUCCAUAGUGAAAGGCCUCAAGUACAAUCAGGCCACGCCAACAUUCCAUCAAUGGCGUGACGCUCGCCAGGUCUAUGGGCUCAACUUUGCCAGCAAGGAGGAGGCCACCACCUUCUCCAACGCCAUGCUGUUUGCUCUCAACGUCCUCAGCUCACCUGACAGUGGUGGUCCAGUUGUCCAGCGCCAAAAUGGACCUUCCUCGGAGGAAAGUGAGGUCCAGAGGAGGAUGAUGGAGCAGCAUCAGAUGCAGGCGCACAAGGAGAGGGAGCGGCGGACGUCAGGAUCAGUCGUUUCCACUCUCCAAUAUAAAGUGUCCGUACCCCCCGCCCACCCCCACCACCCAGACACUCCGCCCGAGUACAGACAGUACAGAGCUAGCACACUGCCCCCGUCCUAUGUCCGUGUGGCCUCUUCCUCCUCCCCGCCCUCCUCCUCCUCCCCUCCCUCUCAAGAGAAGGAGGCGGGGGCGGCGAGGGACAAGGCACAGCUCUCCUCCCAGCUAUCCACCUCGCUGGCCUCUGCCUUCUCCCCGGUCCAAGGGGUUUCCACCCUGGGCCGGCAGGUCCGUCAGAUCCCCCUGUCACCUCCCACCACAGCCCGCCACCUUCACCAGCAGCAGGACAUCAUGCUGCCCCCCAAACACGGGACCUGGUCCGCUUCGCAUUUGCAGCAAAUGUAUGCCCAGUGCCCGCCCUCCGCUUCCCCUCCGGUAAUGAUGGCCAUGCCCGCCAGGCAGGGCUUAGCACAGCCACAGCCUGUGCUCCCCAUGGCGCACCCCCUCCCGGCUAUGAGCGCUAGGAUGAAGCCCCCGCCACUAGACCCUCAACAGUACCCCCAGCAUCAGCCCCACUCUCACGCCAACGGCCAGUCAGACGACUCCUACUCCCCCCAUUCCCACCAGAUUCCGCUCACCCUGCAGUAUUGCGAUGCCGUGCCUCAGCCGCCCCCGGGGCCCGCCCCCAAUCACCAGUACCAGUCCACCUUCCACCCUCAGCAACAUCAGCAGCAGGUGUACCACCAGCAAGCCCCUUCCUCACCCCCCUCUUACAAUGAUGGGGGAUCGCCCAAGAAGACCCCCUCCCCUGUCCCCCAGCAGGUCCCCAUGACCAACAGCAGCCCUCCUGUGUCUGCAGGUCACCCCGCUAUGCUGUCCGUGGCGGCGCCCCCGUCCGUAGCACCGGUACCAAUGGCUGGUCCCCCAGCCCCGCCUCCGCCUCCAGGUCCGCCGCCCCCGAUGGCGGUGCCCCCGCCCAUGCCCCCUCCGCUGCCCGCUAGCGGCGGGCCUCCGGGGGGCCCUCCUGGCAUGCAGCAUCAGCCCUCAGGGUUGGCGGCAGCUCUGGCUGGGGCCAAACUACGUAAAGUUCAAAGAGACGAGAGCAGUCCACCAGGAUCAGGCAGUAAAAGUGACUCCAACAGAUCUAGUGGAGGUAGUGGUGGUGGUGGAGAGGGUCUGAUGCAGGAGAUGAACGCCUUAUUAGCUCGCAGACGAAAAGCUUCUGAGAAACCUGAUGAAGACGACUCAGGUAGUCGCGGUCAGAACUCAACAGAUGCUUUGAAGAAGCCGUGGGAGAGAUCCAACUCUGCAGAGAAGUCCUCACUGGUCUCCAGAGUGAGACCUAUUGGCAGCACCAGUGACUCAGACACAGAAUUUGACAGGAUGAAACAGGAAAUUUUGGAUGAAGUUAUACGCGAGUUACAUAAAGUGAAAGAUGAAAUCAUCAAUGCCAUCAGACAAGAAAUUGGGCGAAUCGGCACAUCUUAAUCCCGCCUGAGUGACACGUGGGAGGAGCCGAGAAAAAGACAGAUGCUGACCCCUUCAGGAAUGUCCUCUCAAUGUUUGCGUGACACCGCCGCUGCGUCACACAGACCUUGUGUUGACAUGGGAGUCUGCUGGACAGCUGAGGAGGAAGUGAUGAAGAUGACCUUGGGUGUGGUGCAAGACUCACUACGCCCACUGUUGCCGCUUCUUUUCCCUCCUUACUUUUUUAAGUUUGUACUGUUUUAUUUCAAAGUUGUGCGGACGAGGAAGGACAAAAAGAAACGUGCGUUGUUUGCUUCACUUCAUCCCAAACAAGCACAAAAUGAUCAAACUGGUGUCAAGUGGCAAAAAAAAACUAAUAUUACUUCCACUGAAAAUACAUUUUCCACUAAGUCCUAAAUGGGAAUUCAUCAGCUGGAUAUUUUUUUUAAUAUUUUUUUUUAACAAAAGUUUGUUUCUCCAUUUAUGUUUGUGAUGCAUGAACCUUCUUAUCAGUUUAUUUAUUUCUAUGACAAAAAGAUGCUGCAUUUGUUCUCCUGGUUAGUUUCCAUGCAGACUUCGUGUGUGUGUGUGUGUGUGUGCGUGCGUGCGUGUGUGAGACAUGUUGCUCAAAAUGGUAGCAGAGUAAAGGAUUUUAAAAAAAAGUGUCUGGCAAUAAACAAAGUUGGGCUUACUCUCAAGCCACAUUCUCAUUUAAAUCUACAAAACAGAAAUGGAGGUAAAAAAAAAAGAACAUUUAAACAAAACUCCAGUGUUUGAUUUUUCUGCAACACUCGAACGCAUCGUGUUUGGAAAUGCCGCGACAAUCCUUAUAACAUCUGCAUCAGGGGUGUCCAAAGUGCGGCCCAGGAGACAUUUGUUGGCCCGAGAAAUAUAAAUCAAACCCACAAAUGGGAAAAAAAAAAGUGUAAGAAUAAAUGAUUGUGGUGACAAAAGGCUGACAUUUUGAUACUGUAGGCCAGUGAUUCUCAAACUGGUAGGUGUAUUACUAGUGGUAUGCCAAAAAGUCACUUGAUUAAAGUACAGUGUUUUAUUUUCUUAUAUUCAGUGUUAAUGUUGCUGUCAUGUUAGUGGCUAAAAAGAAUAAAUAUACUUGUUAAAUAAAA